GCCACUAUGUCCAUUCUAUGCUGUCAGGCUGUUGCGUCUUCGUAAAAAAUUGCCAACUGGAAAUUUUUGGAGUUGGGCUAGCAUUUUGAAACCACAUCUAGUUGGAGUUCUAGUUGAAAAUCUUGGUCACUUUGGUAACGUGCACUAUUGGUGUGGUCUUGAGUGGUGCUGCCUCUUCCGUUUAUGGGAUCUAGAUUUGUUCUUGCUUGCAUCAUCAUAAAAGUGUUCUCCGCAAGUGGGAUUAGCUUUAGCAUGGGGCAGUAACAAGGGCGACAGAUUCAUCAUCUUGAAAAUAUUCUGGUACCUUCGUCUUUUUGAAAGGCUUUCUGGGACAAACGUUUUCAAGAACAGUUACUGCAGUGUCACUUGUCGAUCUCGAAGCCUUUUGAGCUGAACCAAUUGUCUGUCUUUGAACGAAUCGAGAAGAGGCCAAUUUCUAAAUUUUUCUGCUUUUGAAGGCCAAUUGUCAGAAGCAAAGAUGCUGAACCAGGGGGCUGUAAUGAUCUUCACGGGGAUCUGUGGGGCAUUAGUGAUCAUGGCGGUGGCCUACUACGCCUACUGGUCGGUGAUACUAAGUGAAGGGCCGUGUAAAAGAGGGUUGUAGAGAAGAGCCCACCGUGGUGUGUGUGUGUGUGUGUGUGGGUGGGAGUGUGUGUGUGUGUGUGUGUGUGUGGAAGGGGCUCUCAGUCAUGGGUGUGGUAACGUGGCUGAAGAGCCUGUUCAUCCUGCAGCUUUUGAUUGGCUUUGUUUUUGUGGUGAGCGGCCUAAUUAUCAACUUCACUCAGCUGUGCACCUGUGUGCUGUGGCCCAUCAACAAACAGCUCUACCGCAAGAUCAACACCAGACUCGCCUACUCUCUAUGGAGCCAGUUGGUGAUGUUGUUGGAAUGGUGGUCUGGCACAGAUUGCACGCUGUACACAGAUCAGGCCACGGUGGAUAAGUUUGGUAAAGAGCAUGUCAUCAUCAUCCUCAACCACAACUAUGAGAUUGACUUCCUGUGUGGCUGGACCAUUUGUGAGAGAUUCGGCGUGCUGGGGAGCUCCAAGGUCCUGGCUAAACAUGAACUGCUGAAAGUGCCUUUGGUGGGCUGGACGUGGUACUUCCUGGAAAUCGUGUUCUGCAAGAGGAAGUGGGAGGAGGACAGGGAAACUGUCUUCAGUGGGCUGAACCGUCUCAAAGAUUACCCAGAAUACAUGUGGUUCCUGCUGUACUGUGAAGGAACAAGGUUUACAGAAAAGAAACAUCAGAUAAGCAUGCAGGUGGCUGAGAGUAAAGGCCUUCCCAAACUGAAGUACCACCUGCUGCCCCGCACCAAAGGAUUCACCACUACACUGCAAUGCCUGAAGGGAACAGUAAAUGCUGUGUACGAUGUCACGCUGAACUUCAAAGACAAGCAGAACCCCACCCUGCUGGGCAUCAUUAAUGGGAAGAAAUACAAAGCAGAUUUGAGCGUCAGACGUUAUCCUGUUGAAGAGAUUCCUGAUGAUGAAAAGGAGUGUGCUCAUUGGUUACACAAGCUGUACCAAGAGAAGGAUGCACUGCAAGAGUAUUAUCAGAAGGAGGGCUGUUUCCCUGGUCCUACCAUUAAACCUAAACGUCGAGUUUGGACACUGCUGAAUUUCUUGUGCUGGGCUACAGUCCUGCUCUCUCCGCUUAUUAACUUUGCCUGGGAUGUCUUUGUCAGCGGCUCUCCCCUUCUCAUCAUUGGCUUCAUGAUCUUCCUCAUUGUCGCUUCUUUAGCUGUCCGCCGACUCAUUGGAGUAACUGAAGUAAAGAAAACAGGAUCCAGCUAUGGCAAUAUAGAGGCCAAGAAAGACAACUAAAAGUUUUCAUCGUGUCAACACCAUGUGGCCACUUUAACACUUACUCUGCAGUCAAGCCUUAGGCACUGAGCUGUCCUGUGUGCAGUUAUCCUUUUACAAAAUAAUAAUAAUAAUAAUAAUUUAAAAAAAAUACAAAUUUAAAUCUCUUCAAUGCAGCAUUGGGGGUAUAUAGGGAUAUAACUGUAGACAUAACUUAAUAUGCUAGUGUAUAAACAUGAUCAUUUUUACGAGCUAAAUGGGAAAUAGAAAAUAAUAUUAAAUGCUCAUCAACUGUGGAUUGGUGGCGACAUACUCGCCUCCUUGGGCAAAAAAGAAGAGAUGACCCUAUCAUUGACAUUUUCCCUUCUGUUUUACACCACCCCUUUCAAUGCAUAACACCCCGCCCAUCAAGGGUUUUAACAGCAAAAUUUUCCCAAACAAACCACCACCUAGUGGGGAAAGCCCACUUUGUGUGCUAGAGAUUUUUGUUCUCAGUUAAUAUUUAUAUUCUACUGAAGAGGACACAUUGCAUAUAGUCUGUCCGUUGCAACAUUUCCAUGUCUCCACCUAAAAUGCCUCCCUGUCACUAAUUAUUUCUUUUAACUUUGUGUGAAACAUGCAACACUCCUGCUCUGCCACGUUCACAUAUGGUCAAAUCUUCACUCGGACUGAUUUUCUACUAUCAGAAUUUCACUUCACGUGAAAACUGAGCAUGCUGCAGAGGAGACACUCCUUAGCCAGGCCAGCUAUUUAGAGAUGAGGCAGGCACACCAUGGCCUCUUACAAUGACUGCUUUGGACCUUUUUUAUAUCUCUUGUUGGUGGAGUGAUGGUGGUGAAAACUUAAAUUUUGUGACCAAUAUUGCAAUAGAAAUAUAUAGAAAUAGACUGAGCAGGGUUUCUAAGGAAAAGCAUGUCUUUUAUUCUGUCAUAACUUCUGUAACUACUCCCCUUUUUGAAAACUAUCCUCACAGUGGGGUCUUAACCCACUUUGCCUCCAAUUAAUUAUUGGAUAUCGAAUAUUUUGAAUGAGGGAGAUGGCUUUUUACCAAUGUACACUUAACUCAUGGAUUUUAGAGUCCCCAAUGUUGUCUACCCAAUUAAAGUUCCAUUGACCAUGAUUUAUAUACCCACCCUCUCUAUCCAUAACCUAUGAAAUAUUGGGUUGAAGAGUGAGGUAUUAAGAAUGUAGCUGAAAGACCAAGUGAAAAAAUUAUAAAUCAUGUCAAUAAAAAGAUUGUGAAAAAUGUUUAGUGUGACAACUAUUGACACUAAUGACUGCUAAUGGCAAGUUGGGUUGUAAAUAAACUCUAGAACUUUU